UUCUGGUCUCUAAAUCUGUAAAUCUUUCUGGAUAGAUAUGGUUGAAUGAUCGUUGCCCCAAAUACAGCUCAGUAUCGAGUCAUCACCCUGAUUCAAUUCACUCCUGUAGUUGCUGGUUAUUUCGAUAUAAAAUCAUUCAGCUUAGAUCAAUUUUCAUCACAGUCACAAUCACAAUCGUCCUAAUAUUCAGUUAAGGCUACAAUAAGUAUCAACUACUAGCAAUGGCUCAUAGUCAUGGUAUUUCAGGUCUAGUUGGGAAACUUGUUAUGGAAUCCGAGGUGAACUGCAACGCUGACAAGUAUUACAAAUUAUAUAAGCACCAUGAAGAUCUUCCAAGCGUAAUCCCUCAUAUUUACACCAGCGUCAAAGCUGUCGAGGGACAUGGAACUACUUCUGGUUGUGUCAAGGAGUGGGGCUAUAUUCUUGAGGGGAAACCACUUUCUUGCAAGGAGAAAACUACAUAUAACGAUGAAACAAGGACGAUACAUCAUAUGGUAGUAGCAGGAGACUUGAUGAAUGAUUACAAGAAGUUUGAUGCAACACUUGUAGUUAAUCCAAAGUCUAAUGGACAUGGAUGCAUUGUUAAGUGGACUAUAGAUUAUGAGAAGAUGAAUGAAGAUUCUCCAGUUCCAUUUGGUUAUCUAGCUUGCCAGCAACAGAUCACCGAAGACUUGAGUUCUCACCUCUGCGCUUCUGAUUAAAUCGUCAAUGGAUAUAUCUAUCGGAUAAUAUCAGUGUGUUAUAACGUGUAAGGUGUGUCAAAAUGGAGAGUACUAUCCAUUAGUGAAGUGUCCGCUAGACCUAUUUUCUACCUAAUAAAUGCGUACGUGCGCAUAUGUUUGGUGUGUUUCAUUUCGUAUCGGUUUUCAUCUACUUUCUGUAAUUUCUACUCAUAAUCAAGGCUUAAUAAUGCCCAAGUCAUUUAGAUUGUUACUACUACGAUUUAUCAAAGCGAAAAUUGAACCCAAA